AUGACGCGGCUGCUAUCCAUUGCCAGUCUCGGUGUAUUGGUCGCUUCGACGUUGACCACUGCAAACAGUCUUCCUAAGGGAGAUGUCGAUUACUGUUCAGUAUAUAACCGGGCACCAACCCCUGGUUGCCAGCCUGUUCCUGAGGGCUUUCUCAGAUCUCGGGGUGAUUCCCUUAGUACCCCAGAAACUGAUCCAAGGGUCCUCGAGGACGCCUUCUCGGCGUUGUCAGUUUUACAAAAUGUAUACUUUGAACCUGUUAAUGGCACUUGGCCAACAUCGAUUGACUGGACAGGAGCAGUUGUUGAAACUGUAAUAGCUGGCAUGCUGACAACUCUGACCCAGUCAUUGGAUUCGACUGAGAGGGGCCGCGACUGGAAGGAAAAGGAAAAUCUUAUUUCUUCCAUCUUUGCUCAGGUCACGCACUCAUUCUUUGGACAAAAUGCCGUUGCAAUACUGGACCAGGCAUAUGAUGAUGUGCUAUGGGUAGUCCUUGGCUGGCUUGAAGCAAUCAAAUUUGUUCGCCUCCAUUCAAGCCUCCACUAUCCUGGAACAGAACAAACGUGCUUGAAUGUGCCUGGUAGACUCAGUGACGCGCUCGGCACCAUUUCUUUCCACGGAUAUAACUGGUACUGCACAUUUGCUGAGCGGGCUAGAGCGUUCUGGGAUUUUGCUACAAGAGGAUGGGAUACAAGUCUCUGUCACGGGGGCAUGGUCUGGAAUCCCAGGCUGCUCCCCUACAAGAAUGCUGUCACCAACGAACUGUGGAUCUCGGCAUCCAUCUCCAUGUAUGAGUAUUUCCCCAACGACGAAUUCGAUGAUGCCUGGACAGCAAGUCAGGGCUUCCCGACCAACGACCCUCUGUAUCUGGCGGCUGCCAUUGUGGGCUACAAGUGGCUGAAGGAUGUCAACAUGACGAAUAGUCAGGGUUUGUAUGUCGACGGCUACCACGUGGAUAUGAGCAAGCCCAACAAUGUGGAGUGUGACCAGCGAGAUGAGAUGGUGUACACCUACAACCAGGGCGUCAUUCUGACGGGACAAAGAGGAUUGUUCACCGUCACCGGUAGUCCAUCUUAUCUAGAGGAUGGCCACACAUUGAUCCAAAAUGUCAUCCAAGCAACGGGCUGGGACCUUGGUGAGAACGCCGCCAUAGAUAAUGUCAACGAGAGACCACGUGGGAAGUUGCCUCCCUGGCGAGGAAUUGGUCGCGGCGGAAUCCUAGAAGAGCAAUGCGACGCAGAUGGGACGUGUUCACAGGACAGCCAAACUUUCAAGGGCAUCUUCUUUCACCACCUCACCGCAUUCUGUGCCCCCAUCUCACCAGUGGAUAUACCUGGAGACGCCAACGUCAACCAAACCGAGUUUAGUAAAGUGCAGUCUGCUCACGACAACGCCUGCCGCGGCUAUUUACAUUGGGUAAAGUACAACAUGGAUGCAGCUUUGGCAACUCGAGACAAGGCGGGUCGUUUUGGUAUGUGGUGGGGAGCCGACAUCUUUGACGCCUUCGAUGCCUCCCGGCAAACCGAUGGCAUCGACCACACAACCCCCAACGCUACUGACUAUCGGAAUAAGGGAACUCCAAUGGACGUCAUCUGGGGUCUGAACAUGACAUGGCACCCUGGUUCGAAGACAUCCACUGGCCUGUGCAAAAACCUUUUGCUAAGGCCUGAUCCAAAGCUAAGGAUUGGCGUUUCACCCGAGUUGAGUGUUGAUUCGCAGAUUGUUCUUGGCCGGCAAAACAGUCAUGGAGAUCCAAAUGAUCGCGGCCGAGGUAGAACAGUAGAAACGCAAGCGGGAGGGCUGGCUUUAAUAAGAGCAUAUUGGGAGUUGUCUCAAUCGUAG